AUGGCCACCAUCCAGGAGGUAAAAGUAGCAGCUCCAGAUAUCCAGCCCCUAUUGCCCCCAGACGACCCACGAGAGCAGCUUCUAUCGAGUAUACGAGGGUCUCGAGUGUUUAUUCCCGAUUUGCAAACAAUGAUCAGCCACUGGCCCCGGGGGAGCCAUCCGGACAUUGAAAGGCUAGAUAAACACGUCCAAGAGAUAAUUGCAAGUUUGUCGUCUUCUACAAAUAGUACUGCCCGGCUCCGUAAGUUGAGAGCAACUAAUAUAACCUCCUUCACCGCUGCGUGGUGGCCGUACGCAUCGUACGAGGCGCUGGAAACCGUUGCGCGGUUGACUAUCUGGCUCUUUGCUUGCGACGAUGAGAUAGACUCCACGGAGGUUUCGACAAUCAUCAAUGACUGGGAUAUAGCUUCCACGUUCCGGCAGAGAACGAUCGACUACGUACAGCAAAGCUUAUCUAGGAUUCCGAAGUCGAGGCAAACCGAGACCAAUCCCCUAAUCACCUGUACCGGACCAAUUGGAGAAGCCUUAUUAAAGUCCUGUAACGACCGUCAGAUCAGCACGUAUCUUAGCGAGGUGUUGCUCUAUGUCAAUAUGGGUGGAGAAGAACAAAAAUAUCAAGUAGCUCGCCGUCUUCCUACAGUCGAAGAAUACUUAGGCUAUCGCUCGGGCACAAGCGCUGUGCGGGUUUGCUUCGCCACCAUUGAAUACGCUUGGGGGAUGACAUUACCUCAGGAACUAUUCGAGGAUGAUGAUAUGCGACAGCUUUGGUAUGAAAUAGGUGUUGCUAUAUACGUGACGAACGACAUAUUGUCUAUAAAGAAGGAAGUGGAGGAAUCGCAAGUCAAUUCGCUAGUUCCUUUGCUAUCUCUUCAACUGGGAUCCGUACAAGCAGCUAUCAACCGCGCCGUAGACAUCGUGUACUCAUCAGUCCAGCGAUUUGAGUCCGUAGAGAAACGGAUCCUACUGCGCUACUCGACCAUGCCCGAGGUCCAAGAAGAUAUACGGAAAUUUAUCGACGCUUGCAAAUACGCCGCCACAGCUAAUCUCAACUGGAGCCUGACCACGGGAAGAUACAAAGUGCACUGCGAGUCUAUGAGUAGUGGGAUAUACCUAACCCUUUGA